AUGCCCGCCCGUUCGGAUUUGAUUGCUCUCUCGGCCCUGCUGGUGCAGGCGCUACCCCUCGCCGGGGCUCACCCUGCCCCCGGCGCUGUUCCCAGCGCCUUCGCCUGGCCGAGCAACUGGGCUGGCAGCGGUAACGGAGCUGUCAGCCACGGUGCCAAUAGAGGUGGCGGUGGUGGCUGGAAGGGCAAGGGCAAGGGCUGGGGGGGACCAGGUGGUGGUCAUGGCGGUGGUGGUAAUGGGUGUGAUGGUGAGUGGGUUGGUGGUGGUCCUCCCACGACAGUGACUGUAACUUCCGACUGCCCUCCGCAACCCACCACGACGAUUACUAUCACUACUGAUGGUGACUUCGGAUCGGCCACCAUCACGGAGACGAUUACCUCCACCGUGACCACUGAAGGUGCAGCCACGACAGACACAAUCACGGAUACUGUCAUAUCCGUGGUUACCGACUGCACCGACACAUUUACGGACCUGACCACGAUCACGGCGGACGCAUCGACAUAUACCAUCACUGAGCCGGGACCGACAGUAACCGCCACCGUGACCACGACGACUGGCGGCGCAACCGUAACCGAGCCCGGGGUCACUGAAACUGACACGGUCACCGUGUCAGUGACCGACACUACUAUUUGGACCGAUUAUCAAACGAUCACAGACACCAUCACCCACACCAGGACGGAGACACAUUUCAUAACCACCACCACAACCACCACGGACCCAUCCUGCACAAGCACCACAAAUGACAUUGACUACGGCAGGUGCUCCGAUCCGACAAUCAAGUGGGCUUUUGGGCUGGAUGGACGCAACGAAUACGCAUUCACGACGAACAACCAAAAUGACUUCCCCUUCGGCAGCGACACGUCCAUCGGUUCGGUGGCGGGCCUGAUCUGCAAUCGUCUGCGCAGCCCAUGCAAUGCUCCCCAGUCGACUCUUGAUCUGUGCUACCAGGCCCAAACUGCCGUGUCGGGUCUCCGGGGCGAGGAGGCUGCGCGUGUCUGGAAUGAUAUCAUGACCGGCGUCACGAGCCCCUGA